AUGGCGGGGGGGUUCAGGGUGCUGCAUCUCGUCCGCCCUUUCCUGGCUUUCCUCCCUGAGGUUCAGAGCGCCGAUCGGAAGGUUCCGUUCAGAGAAAAGGUGAUCUACACGGUGAUCUCUCUCUUCAUUUUCCUGGUCUGCAGCCAGUUGCCCCUGUAUGGAAUACACUCCACGACGGGCGCAGAUCCGUUCUAUUGGAUGCGUGUUAUCAUGGCGUCGAGCCGUGGGACGGUCAUGGAACUCGGAAUCACCCCCAUUGUUACAUCGGGCCUGGUGAUGCAACUUUUGGUCGGGUCAAAGAUCAUCGAAGUUGACAACAGCGUGCGAGAGGACCGCGCCCUCUUGUAAGUAUAUCUGGAAUCUCUUAGGUCGCUGAUAAUGGUUGUCUAACUCGUGGAUGGGUUUGCUUUUAGAUUUUUUGCAAAAUAAUUGUAAGAUAAGCCGGAUCAGGAUGAGAGGGACAUAGAUUUCGAAGUUUUAAUGUAAAUCUUGUGCGACAGCGGGUUUCGGGUACAGUUUUCGCAUUCGGAUGCAUGGUUUUUGGUCAAUCUCAUUACAGCUAGUUGUUUCUUUGUACAAAGCAAGAGCCUGUUACUUGAUGCGGCAACCGAUCAAUGAAUUUCCGCUGAGUAAUGGUUCCACCCCGAUGAAUUUGGUCCUGCAUGUCUUUCCUUGAAGACCUCAUUUCAUGCUGUGAUGCUAGAAUUUCCAAACAUUGUCCUUGCAUCAGGAAGUGGAUUUCCUUUUGUUUGAAGAAGCACGUCAAUGUGCUAAUUAUUGUACUAAAGUGAUAUUCCAAUGUUAUUGGUUAGAGGGCAUGUAGUAAUAGUCCUUUUUAAAAAAUUAAUAACAGUGUAAAAGGGGAAUUUUUUCGUAAAACCAAAUAAUUUAACUAUUGCGUAAACUCUGAAUGGAUUCAUGCGUGCUAACAAUAGUCAAUGUGUUUUUUUUCAGCGAAGUGUUUUUUUUUCAAAAUAACAGAAUAAAUCAUCAAGACUUGCGAUUCGCUCGAGCCCCGUUCAAGAAGUUUGGGCAUUCAAAUUUAGUUUUCGUUUUGAAUUAAAUUUAGGGAUGUAAUUAUCAAUCCAGUUUUCAUGACGGAUUCGUGCAUGUUAAUUGAUACCUUAUCCCUUUAAUGUUUGACGGACAUAGGCAUUGACCAAGGGCUUACUGCCCUCGGUUUUUGUUUUGCUUGACCUGGCUGAGAUAGCGGGGGUCGUGUUCUUAUAGUGUUGUUUCUCUAUGUUAUCCGUCUCUGAUAUGCCAAGACAAACUUGAUCGCUUUAGUAAAAGGGAUAAUAGCAAAAAAGAAAAACCCCUUUCUGACAUAAAUUUCUGAUUUUAUUUUAAUAACGAUUUCUGUAGGAAUGGUGCGCAGAAACUACUGGGCAUUUUAAUUGCUGUUGGUGAGGCUGUUGCUUAUGUCCUUUCUGGGAUGUAUGGAAGCGUGGCCCUACUCGGUACAGGAAAUGCAAUUCUUAUCAUUCUGCAGCUUAUCUUUGCUGGUAUUAUUGUCAUCUGCUUAGAUGAACUUCUUCAGAAAGGAUAUGGUCUUGGCUCUGGCAUAUCAUUGUUUAUUGCCACCAACAUAUGGUGAGUUUACCCAUUCUGCAUUUGAGUAUCUUUUUCCUCUCCACCAAAAGGGACAAUACCUCACCUGCGUUUCAUUCUGUCAUCAGUGAGAACAUCAUUUGGAAAGCUUUCAGUCCCACAACCGUAAACACUGGACGAGGUGCUGAGUUCGAAGGAGCAGUUAUUGCCUUAUUCCACCUUCUUAUUACACGAACAGACAAGAUCCGGGCCCUGCGGGAGGCCUUUUAUCGCCAGAAUCUUCCAAACGUCACAAACCUUCUUGCAACGGUUUUCGUCUUCCUCAUUGUCAUAUACUUUCAAGGAUUCCGAGUUGUUCUCCCAGUGAGGUCGAAGAAUGCCCGUGGCCAGCAGGGUUCUUACCCAAUCAAGCUCUUUUACACAUCUAAUAUGCCCAUCAUCUUGCAGUCAGCGCUCGUUUCCAACCUCUACUUUAUUUCGCAGGUAAAUAUCGGCAUUCUGAAUACAUAUGGUGCCUAUUUGUUGCCAUAGAUGUCUAAAUUCCUCCCUCCCUCACCCCCUUUUUUUUUUCGCUGCAGUUGCUUUACAGGAGGUACAGUGGAAAUUUCCUGGUUAAUUUACUUGGCAAAUGGAAGGAAUCGGAGUAUGGCAGCGGCCAGUCUAUCCCUGUUGGUGGGCUUGCUUACUACAUUACAGCACCCGCUAGGUAACAAACAUACCAACCUUCAUCCGAUGCUUAUUUCUUUUAAACUUGUGAUCGGAAUUAUCUUAGUUUGACAUUAUGUGCUGUUUGGAAAAUUUACCUGUAUAUUCUUCCUUUCUAUUUACUAAUCGUAGACGUAUCCUUUCUGGGUUUUGAUUCCGCAGUUUGGCUGAGAUGGCAGCGAGUCCCUUCCACGCUCUCUUCUACAUUGUCUUUAUGCUCACGGCAUGUGCUCUUUUCUCGAAGACUUGGAUUGAAGUAUCAGGAUCCUCAGCAAGGGAUGUGGCUAAGCAACUGAAGGUACUCCAAAGGCUCAACUUUCUUCCAUGUGCUAAUGCCAUUUACGGAAAUAUUGCUUAGGUCGUUGCUGUUGAGCUAAGGGAUAUUAACGCUUCAGCCUACCUCCUUUAGAAAUAUAAGUAGGCAUGAUAUCUAAAAUAUGCAUGAUAUCAGAUGGUGUGUCACGACAAUAUUAGGUUUUUUUUCAUUCUUAAUCUUGCACGAAAUGCAUUGAUGAUAAAAAAUCUCCUGCUCGCUUAUUUUUUUCUGUAUUCAAUUCUCGGUCCGAAAUGAAACAUUCCAUUUAUUUAUUUUUUUCCAUUCCAAAUCGAAACUUUGGCAAUAAAAAUAUGCUACUUGCUACUUUUUUCCUUGCUGACUUUAUCAGUCAAAUCAAAUCAUUGAACCCUGAUAUAGAAUGCUUCAAUGCUGGUAUCAUCUCCUCGCUUAUUCUCCUAUUAAACCGAUGAAAUCGAUCGAUCCAUGGAAUUCUCCUCAAUCUUCAGCUCUAGCAAUCAAAUCAUAUAACCGACGAUCAGUCGUCGCUGUUCUUUCAAUCAGGCCACCGGCGCCGCCGCCGCCACCCCCUUCUUUCUCUCUCUCUGAACCUCAAUCUCUCUACACCAACCAUUUCAGGAGCAGCAAAUGGUGAUGCCGGGCCACCGCGAGUCGAACCUGCAGAAGGAGCUGAACCGCUACAUCCCCACGGCGGCGGCCUUUGGCGGCAUGUGCAUCGGAGCUCUCACCGUCCUCGCCGACUUCAUGGGCGCCAUCGGCUCAGGCACCGGCAUCCUCCUGGCCGUCACCAUCAUCUACCAGUACUUCGAGACCUUCGAGAAGGAGAGGGCCAGCGAGCUCGGCUUCUUCGGCCUCUGA